AUGGGGCUCUGGAAUGACUGGCCCUUACACGGGGGCCAUCGCGAGCCCACGAGGCCCAAAUUCGUGGAGCUGCGGUCCUCCAGGUGGUUUAUCAUGUUCACUGUUUCUUUUGCGACAUGCACAGACAUAUUUAUGUACGGACUGAUUGUACCAGUCACCCCCACAGCGUUGGAACGAAAGGUCGGCUUCUCCGGGGAUCAAAUCCAAUCGUGGACAUCUAUUCUGUUGGCACUGUAUUCCGCCGCCCUGCUGGCCUUCUCUCCGAUCAUCGGAUAUGUAGCGGAUAGGACCGAGUCUAGACGAUGGCCAUUGCUCUUGGGCCUUGUGGCACUGGCUGCGGCAACGGCUCUGUUGUGUGUUGGAACUCAUAUUGGCUUGUGGAUCGCCGGUCGUUUAUUCCAGGGCGCGGCGGCAGCCGUCGUCUGGACGGUCGGUGUUGCGCUGAUGGUUGACACGGUCGGCAAAGAGGGACUAGGCCAGGCCAUUGGGUAUGUGUCCAUGUCAAUCAGUGUCGGAACACUCGCCGGUCCGCUUCUGGGUGGCGUCCUCUAUGAAGAUGGCGGGUAUUACUCUGUCUUCGGUCUCGCCUUUGGAUUGAUCGCCAUCGACAUCAUCCUCCGGCUGGCGCUGAUUGAGAAAAGACAUGCUUUGCCAUGGAUCCAGCCAGUAAACAAGCCUUCGGCUCAUUCCGAACCUGACGAUCUGGAAAAAACAAAUACUCCCACAGUGGCGGGUCCGGUCGACUCCCCGGGGGCCAGCAUCAGCCCGACGCCAGAGGCCCUGAAGCAAGCGAACAUUCCAAAAAGCCCCCUGAAACAGGUGAAAACACUGCUUAGCUCCUACCGUCUGGUGGUAUCCUUCUGGGGCUAUUUUGUCAUGUCGCUCAUCAUGACUUCGUUCGACAGCGUUCUGCCGCUCUUCGUGCAGGAUACAUUCGGAUGGCAGCAGACCGGACAAGGACUGGCCUUCAUCCCACUCAUGGUUCCGCACCUUGUCGAUCCAAUUACCGGGUAUAUCAUCGAUCGGUUUCCAAAAUCGCCUCGCUAUAUAGUCACCGCCGGGUUUCUGAGCGCGGUUCCACUGGCUGUGCUGUUGCGACUCGUCACAGAGAACACGAUGCAUCACAAAAUUCUCCUCUGUGCGCUCCUAGCGUUGCUCGGUGUGUGUCUCGCCAUCGUGAUGACGCCUCUCGUUGCGGAAGUCUUCCAUGCUGUGAAGGAGAAGGAAAACGAGUCGCCCGAGAUAUUCGGCCGUGGGGGGCGCAAUGGCUCUGGCGUUUGGCCUUUCCAACAUGGGCUUCGCGGCCGGCAGUCUGAUCGCAUCUGCUCGACUGAUCAUCCUCUCCGUGCGACCUCCAUCUUGAUACCGAUGUCUCUCCCACAUCCCGGAAUCCACCUCCCCCGAGCCUCUAUUCCAAUGCACACCCCACAAGCCCAAGUGGGUUCCCCGCAAAGGCCCCACGCCGACCCAACUGGACUGGACUGGAAUUUCGAUGGAGUCUCCAGCGGGCGAUGCUCGGGAGUUGAGGAGGGCCGCAUUAGCCGUCCUCUACUAUGGAAGCUCACCUUCUCUCUGUUACUCGCCAUGACAGGCCCAGAGGUUCACCAUCCGAUGUUGAAUGCGACUUUCAAAGGCAUCAAGCGUGAUGAUCAAGACACGGGUGUUUAUCAAUUUCUGGGAAUCAAAUAUGCGCGCGUUCCGGCACGAUUUGAGAGAGCUGAACCGGUAGAAGGAUUCGGAGGUGCUAUUGUUGACUCGACGAGAUACGGACCAAGAUGCCCUCAGGCUGAUGUGGAUGUGCGCCACCUUCUUCGAAUUCCCGAGGAUUUUGCGAUUCGCCCCGAAAAGGAAGACGAAUUCGAGUGCUUGAACCUCGAAAUUACUUGCCCGCCAGUGUUAUCUACCACCGAGCCUUUGCCUGUUCUUGUUUGGAUACAUGGUGGCUCCCAAAUUGUAACAUUCUGCUCUGCAGCCUCGAAGAUCUGCGAUCCUACCAAGCUUGUGGCCGAUUCGAUCAAAACGGGGAAUCCCAUCAUAUUUGUUUCGAUCAACUAUCGCCUGAACAUUUUCAGCUUUGGUGAUGGCAAAGAAAAGAAUCUCGCACUCAAGGACCAGCGUCUGGGUAUCGACUGGGUGCGAAAGAAUAUUGCAGCCUUUGGAGGAGACUCGAGCAAUAUCACUCUCUCUGGAGAGAGUGCGGGCGCUAUUUACACCCAUGCGCAUCUCAUAACUGGUCCACCUGUGAAGCGGGCUAUUCUGGCGUCGGGUACUUUGUAUCUGUCUUCACCUCUGCCCAUGGAACGUGGAGAUGCACUUAUUAAAGCCCUCGAGUCAAAGGUGCAGGAGUUGGGCCAACCGUCGUUGAGGGGAUCCUCGACCUCGGCUCUGGUCCAAGCGCUGAAGGAGUGCAAUGUCAACACCAUGUGGAUACAAGAAGAACCGGAGUUGAUGGGCUGGGAGACUAAACCAGAGCAGGCCGAUGAGUUGAUGAUUGGCGAUACCGAAUACGAGUCUGUCAUAUGGCGCAAUGGUGUUGAGCAGUUGGAUGGAGAAACCAUCGCUGCCGCUUUUGAGAAUGACAAGAAUUGGGCCACGCAGCUUCGCAAGAUGUACCAUAUUGUCGGAGACCGUCCCACCGCUGCAAAGCUAGGGGCUCUGGACCUCGUCCACGACGCACGCUACACUCUACCUGUUGAAGUUAUCUCAAGAAAAUUCGAGGCCGCCAAAAAACGUGUGUACAAGUAUGUCGUCGACCAGCCCAAUCCAUGGCAGGCCUCUAGCCGCGCCCAUCACGCCGUUGAUCUGCUGUUUCUCUUCGACGGUGUUGAUCUAUCGUUCAACCCGGCAGCAACUGCAGUUGGGCAAAUCAUGCGGCAGCGUUGGAUUCGUUUCGUGUCGGGGCAAGCACCUUGGUCUACAGAAAGCCGAUUCGCUUUUGGGCCGGUGGGCGAGUGUAAGGAAAUCAACGAGGCCCAGUUCGCCAUUCGACGAAGGGUCAACCAUUGCAAGGUGCUCCAGGAGGCUGGAGCUGGCGUGUAUAUGCCCAUCCUGGCUGCGCUCACGGCUGGGCGCAUCAAUUUACUCAACUAG